UGAUCGACCGUGAAUGUGAUCGUCGUGUGGAGUGCGCGUGAAAAGAGUGACACCACCAGGAAAAGAGAGAAGGAUACAGGACACCGUAAAACAUGGCUGAAGCCGUUGUUGAGAAUCCUCUGCUAACACGAUUUUUUUGUCAUGAGUGUAAUUCCGAAGUGGAUAAUUUACUACCCAAUUAUACGUGUCCUAUGUGCACUGGUGGAUUUAUCGAGGAAUUAGAAAAUGGAGGGAACAACAACAGUUCAAGUAUGGACCUCGGUAGUGAGGAUGCCGAUAUUGAUGUCGAUAUAAGAGGAAUGACUCUUCCGGGAUUUCUUGACGAUCAAGAUCAAGAUGAAUUGCAAUCAGCGGGUCUUUCACUUAUUACCAAUCAGGGGCCAAUCAGUACAGGAAGUAGGGCCAUUAGGCGGAGACCCUAUCAAACACGAUUGUCUGGCGAAUUACGUUCUUCUGGAGUUCACGGUAGCAGGUAUCAUCGUAGUAAUCUAUCUCGUAAUCGAGGUCGACAUCAAGAUACACCAAUGACAAUUGAUAAUUUACUUCACGAUUUCAUCUUUAACUUAUCUGGCGUUGGAUUUGGUGCACCGUCUCAACAAGGUGCAGCAAUUCCUCCCAUAUUCAAUCUUAGACUGCUGAUAGGCAAUCCGGGUGAUUAUGUAUGGGGUCGUGAAGGUUUAGAUGCAAUUGUAACACAAUUAUUGAAUCAAAUGGAUUGCACUGGACCACCACCAUUAUCUAAAAAACAAAUCGAUGAAAUCCCAACGACAGAAGUAUCUCAAAGUCAAGUUGAUAGCAAAUUACAGUGUUCCGUUUGCUGGGAAGAUUUUAAGCUUUCUGAACCAGUGAGGCAACUACCUUGUCAACACGUUUAUCAUGAACCAUGCAUUGUUCCCUGGUUGGAAUUGCAUGGAACAUGUCCAAUCUGUAGACAAAGUUUGGGAGAACAAAAUACUGCUGAAGCUAAUCAAGAUACAGUUGGACCAAGUUUAGCAGCUUUGUUCAGAGCCGCUAAUGAAUCCAAUACCAGCAGGUCACCCUCUACGUCGUCAACGGACAGCAACGUAAGGAACGAUUCUUCUAAUGAAAUUUGAAAACAAUUAGCUCACUCAUAAAUCAACAUCUCCUUUCAACCCUCCCCCAAACAUGUAGUUGUAACAUAUUCAUCCUUUUUUUCACAUUGCCCCCCUUUCCUCUCCCCCCAUACAAAGGCUUUGCAACUCUUUAUACAAUAAUUCCAACAUUACGUAUCCCUUUUUAAUGUAAAGUCUCAAAUUUUUCAGAAAAAGAACAAAAAAAAAAAAAUGGAAAUAUAAAACUUGAAAAAUUCUCUACUUCAGCGAUGAAGUAUAUAAUUUUUUUUUCUUUUAAAGAAAGAUACGUGACUGAAAUUUCAAUAAUUGAAAAAAAAGUUUCAUUAUAAAAAAAAAUUUAUGUUUCUUUUUAGUAAGUUUUAUUUAUUUUUUUUUUUUCUUUACGUUUUCUAUUUUUUGUUUUUUUUUUUUUUUUACAUAAUCUGUAAAAUUGAUCGUGAAACAUAUUUUUGUUUACGAUGAAUUAUAUUUAUUUGGUCCCCCUCUACCCUCCUUAAGAAUGAUUAAAUAUAUUUAAGAAAAUAGCAAUUUUUCAACUAAAAUAUAAAAAUGAAGUAGUUUAUUGAAAAAUUAAAGACAUUUUCUGUAAAUUAAAUUUUUUAAAUAUAUUUCUUUUUCUUUUAACAA